UUUCGAUAUUUAGUGCCCUUCCCUAUCACACAGUUAUCUAUGGUUGUAUUAAAAUAUUCAGAUUUCCGAGUCACUAUAAUUAAUGUAACCUCAAAAUGAAUUAAUGAAAUUUAUUUAAAUAAUUGGUAUAGGUGUAUGAUUAUAUUAUAAUUAUGAAUCGUUUAUUUGUAACCCUGUGCAAAGCUAAUUUGUGCUUAAAUCCUUUAAAAAGUAACUUGCACACUAAUGGACCACAGCUAGCAUGGGCAAAAUCCGAUUUACCCAAAACAUUUGUAAACUUCAAUAAAAAAGUAUAUCCUCCACAAGAAAUUGGAGAAGAUCCGAGACCGGCUUAUGUGUGUCAUCAAAAAACAAACAUUAAAUACAGUCCAGAAAAACUUUGGUAUAUUGCUUCUUUAGUUCGUGGUAUGACAGUAGAUGAGGCUGUUAAACAACUUAGUUUUAUAAAUAAAAAAGGUGCCGUUUAUGUCAAAGAAGCCAUCCUAGAAGCUCAGAAACUUGCAGUUACCGAGCACAAUGUUGAAUUCAAGAGCAACCUCUGGAUAGCUGAAUCGUUUUCCGGUAAAGGCAUGGUCAUAAAGGGUAUUAGAAGACAUGCAAGGGGCAGAUUAGGUGAAGUGAGAUAUCAGUACAGUCAUUACUUUGUACGUUUGGAAGAGGGAAAGCCACCACAAGAUUACUACAAGAGAAAUCCACUUACUCCCCAACAGCAAUUGGAUAAGUGGUUAGAACAAAUGAGGAAACGAAAAAUAAUAAAUUCAUAUUGAAAUUGUAGUCUUAUAAUUUAUAUAGUAUUUGUAAAAAUAUAUAGUAUAGUAUAAAAUUAUAUAGUAUUUGUAAGUAGAAAAUACCAUUUUAUCUCUAAAUUUUAUAGUGGCUAGAUUUACCUCGUCUUAUAAUGUAUGUAAUUAAUAAGAACCUAAAUUACCAUGAGUUCUAUGCUUAUUAUAGUUGUUCCCGUCACUUCACCCAUGUAGAAUUUGAAAAAAGUUAUUGUUCAGUUCUCAGUAUUAUAAAAUAAAAACAG